GAACAGUUUUCAGUUAACAGUCGAGCGGUGAACAUGAACCGGGUUUUGGGUAACCUCAGCAACCGUUAGAAUCAAUAUAAAUAUAAAUAUUAUCCAACUGUCAACAAGCCGCGAGUUGCCAAGUGUUAUAAAUAAUUCGAGUAACUGACUGGCGCACAAAUAUUUAGUUUCUAAUUUAAUACAUUGGAUAACCGAAGAUGGCCUGUUCAACAAACGUUUUAAAGGGGUUUGCCCUGCUCUGGGAUAUUAUCUAUGCUCUGUUCGGCCUGGUUUCGAUCGGCCUUGGAGUACACAUCAUUUACAAAUUCGAGCACUUCGACACGGCCGCCUUCGUCAUCAUUGGUGUGGGCGUGGUCGUCGUUCUGACUGCUCUUUUCGGAGCUCUGGGAGCUGCACGUGAGAGUAGCAGCACAUCCAAGGUGUUCGUCGUAAUUGUGGUUAUCUUGAUAAUUCUGGAAGUGCUGGUGGUGGGCUUUCUGUGGUUAUUCCAAGCCUCACUGCUGAUAAACGUUGACAAAACAUUCGACCAGCUCUGGAACGACCAGCCUGUGCCCAUCAAGCCCGGAAACCAAAGCCAGAUUGCCAGCCUUGAGCGUUGGUUGGACUGCUGCGGCAAUGUGGGACCCAAGGACUACCUUCUGCCCCCCAAUAGCUGCUACAACGGCGAAAGCGACAAACUGAAUCUCGAGGGCUGUAGGCAAAAGUUUCUGGUCUUUAUCGCUGAUCGUUGCACGACAUUCAACAUUGUCUCUCUGGUGCUGGUUGCUGUGGAGAUCAUUUGCGCUUUGUUGGCCUACGUCCUGGCCAAUAGCAUUGUGAAUCGCUGGCGACGCUCGAAGUACUAUCAAAAAUAGGUUUAUUUACGGUUUUUGAAAACAUUGCAUUUUGGAAAUUCAACUGUAAGAUGCGCAUACUUAAGGCCAAAGAACUCUCCAUACAAAUACUUAAAUCGAAAACUCAACAGAGAUUCCAAAACAAAUUUACUUAAGCGAAGUAGUCCGAGGGCAGUGCGUUGAUUGUAUUCUGUUUGCCAGUUUGGAAAACUGUAAUUUUGAAACGGAGUGUAUUCCGUUUACAAUGUAAUUUAAUAUACACUAAGCUCGACCUAAGCAGCAGUCUUUGUAACAGCAUUUUGAGAAGCCAAUCCAAUCCAA